UUUUAACAAAAUGGUCGGACGCUAUUUACUGAUGGGCACACUUCCGUCACAGGAAAUUGCAGCAUGAAGAAGGAGCAAGUUGUUAACUGUCAGUUUUCGGUCUGGUAUCCGAUAUUCAAGAAACAUACUAUUAAAAGUUUGAUCCUUCCCCUGCCUCAGAAUGUGAUAGACUAUUUACUGGACGACGGAACACUGGUAGUCUCCGGGAGUGACCAUAACACACAGCAGACACACACCAACAACAGUGAUUCGGAUGCAGAGGAAGACGUCCAGUGGUCAGAUGACGAGACAACCACCACUGUUACUGCUCCAGAGUUCCCAGAAUUCACCUCUAAAGUACUGGAAGCCAUAAAUGCUCUGGGUGGGAGUAUCUUUCCCAAACUUAACUGGAGCGCCCCACGGGAUGCUAACUGGAUUGCACUAAACAGUUCCCUUCAGUGUUGCAGCCUAAGUGACAUAUUCCUGCUUUUCAAAAGUUCAGACUUUAUCACCCACGACCUCACACAGCCUUUCCUUCAAUGUAGUGACCAGGAUUCCCCAGAUCCUGUCAUCAACUAUGAGCUCGUCUUAAGAAAGUGGAGUGAGCUGAUUCCAGGUGGAGAGUUUCGCUGCUUUGUCAAAGAAAAUAAACUGAUUGCAAUCUCCCAGAGAGACUACACUCAGUAUUAUCAGCACAUCCUGAAGCAGGAGGAGCCCGUCUGUCAGGCCAUACAGGACUUCUUCAGCCAGCACAUCCAGUACAACUUCCUGGAUGAAGACUUUGUGUUUGACGUGUACAGAGAUAGUCAGGGAAGAGUGUGGCUCAUUGACCUGAACCCGUUUGGUGAAGUGACAGACUCGCUGCUGUUCAGCUGGGAGGAGCUGACGUCAGGUGGAGAACUCAACCAGCAUCAGGAAGGCCCUGCGUUUCGGUACACCACCAGUGAAGUGACAGUGCAGCCCAGUCCUUGUCUGAGCUACAGAAUCCCACGGGACUUUGUCGACCUCUCCACUGGAGAAGACGCCUACAAGCUGAUUGACUUCCUCAAGCUGACAAAAAGCCAACAGGAAGAAUGUGAGGAAGAGGAAGAGGAGGAGAAUGCUCCACAGUGACCUGAAGAAUAGCUACUUGUGUCAUCAACCUCCAUAUGAUGUCCCCUGCAUGAUAUGUCCUCCCCGCCCUGUUGCUUUGUACCUGCGAUUUCUCAAAUAGCUCACUCAUGUUAAAUUAGCGGAUCAUGAUGAGGAUGAAUUGUUCUGUCAACUUGCUCUGUGCCCGGCGCCGCUAAGAGCUUACUCGCUGAUCCUUACAGCCAUUGAGACACUCUCUAGUGGAGUUGGUUGGUAGAUUUUUUUUUUUUUUUUUAAAUGGGGAAAGAAUUCACUUAUACUGUAAAAUAAUGCCUGCUUUUAUACUUUAUUCAAGUGUGUAGUUCAUGUGUCUUCCAUUCAGCCUAAAUACGUUUAAGAUGAACAUGGUGCGUGUGUUACAGGGGUUCUUUAUUUAACACUAACUCUUUUCAUCAGUCACAUUGAAUAUUUCUUUGCGACCAUCCCUGAUUCUCCAUCUCUCCCAGCCAGUUUCCUCUGAGCAAUUUUGACACUCAUCGCUUCGAGCCACUCCGGCGCUCUUUAACGGUUUGUUUUUUCCCAUCAUGCAUUGCUGUAGACUGUUGCUCUGAAAAACACCAUUAAACUUCUUGUCGUGUAUUGA